UACAGCAGUGUUACUGUCAGCUCAGAGGACCUGAAGUAUGGUUAACUAAAGGGUUAGGACUUUGCUUUUUGUUCCAGCACUAAUUGUAGAUAUGAUGCUGACUCCAUGAGGUUUCUGUAAACCCCUGAAGAGGCUUGACAUUGAGUAUUUUUAGGACAGUUGGACGUGAGGAAUCCCUCUUUUUAUCACUUGACCUCAUCACCAUUGAGACAUGGGGUUCUGGAUUAUUUUCCCCAUCUGUCUUUCACUGGUGUCCUUCAUUGGAACGUGGAGUGUAUAUGGGCUAGCCUUCUCCAACAAUCAUGUGUGCUCCCUCACUAGUUGGGGAAACAGCAACUACUGUAGAGUGAAUCAGACUGAUGAUGGAUGCUGCUGGGUUCCUACUAUAAGCUCAAGUGGAACCUAUCCACCAGAAAAUUCACUUUUUACAGCCACAAUCAACGCUGGAUCCUUUAUGUUUCUGCUGUUCUGUAUAUUCCACCAUGCCCAUAUUAUGGAGAAACAUUCAAGUCAGUCCAUGAUGAGCAAGUUUGCACUGGUCUUCGGUGUGAUCGCAGCCAUGGGAGCAUUCACAGCUGGAAACUGCAAUCCAUUUCACGUGUCACUCCUUCACUACCUCGGGGCUGCCAUCAGUUUCAUGUGCGUCUGCUUCUACACUGCACUGCUCACUGCACUGACAGGGAAGUAUGUGCUUUCUGGAUAUGAAAAGUUUCUCUACCCGCUGCGAAUCACCUCCACUGUAUUUCAAGCAUUUGUGACCAUCAUCUAUACUGUUUUGUUUGUUCAGACUGAAUACUUCUAUGUUCACCUGUCUGCUGUCUUUGAGUGGAUGCUGAGUAUAAAUUUGGAGCUGUUUGAGCUGAGCUACGCCGUGGAAUUUUUCUUCUUUUCGUCAUAUAUGCUCUCAAACCUGUUGAGCAAACGUGAGGAGGAAAAGCCUUUGAUGCUGACAAUGUCCUGAUAUAAGGCUGCCAGGAUCCAGCUGAAAGAUACAAGCACUGAGGAUGGACUAAGUAGCACAUCUGUAAAUACAGUGGCUGGAUCGUGGCUGCAGGACGAAUAGUAUUUUUUUCCCCCCCAGUCCAAUUUGCCUGGAUGGAUUUAUUUCUGCUAUUUUCAUUACUCAAUUCUCUUCCAUAUUUAUUGAAACAAACUAACUUGCACAGCAAAUGAACAAACAUGCCAGCCGGAUUGCACCUGUGAAAGUCUAGAUACUAGGCCAAUUUACAAGAAGUGUUUUUGUGUAAUUGUUUGUGUAAGAAUUUCUUAUUGCACACACAACAUCCAAAAUUUAAAAAAAAAAUCUCACUGAUUAAGGCUCUUGCAUAACACUUUGGUUAAUAUUACUUUCACACCAAGAAGUCAUGCCACUCUGCUGAUAGACAGCUGCUGAAUUUGAAUAUAAAAGGGUGGAGAAGUUUGAUAUACACCCAUUUAAACAAAUAAAAUCCCCAUGACGCGAUGAGAUCCUGUUUGACUGGAUAAUUAACCCGAGCGACAGUAAAAACACAGAUGUCAUCACCUCAGCUUGCCUGGCAAUAAAUCCAGAAACACUGCACAGUCUUGGUGUCCUUUCCAUUCCAGAUUUUCACUGUGGUCUCUUUGAUGUAUUUCAGUGUGUGUGUGCGCACUGGGGAGUAGUGGUUUAUGAAUCGCAUUCAUAAAGGAACUUAAACACCCUGAAAAAUAGUUUCCUGCCUUUGUAGGUCCCACAUUAAUACGCUAUUUUAGAUCAGUUUGUUUCCUUCAGAUUUAUGCAUCUGUGACCUCCCCGUUUUCACUCUUUUGAAGUUAGCGGGGUAUAUUUGGAAAAAGGCUGAUGACACACAGAACAAAUUGAUUUAGUAACUUGAAUAACUACAGAGUUUAACCAUUUAGACUCCAUAAUGAUAAACAGGCUGCCAGGAAUAAUUUUGUUAUUUUAGCUGUAAAAAUGUCUGAAAAUCUGCUGUGAGUCUGUGCUUGUGUCUUUUUUUCAGGACUGCUUCUUUUUUCAGCAUCUGGUAGUUUUGCUUUGCUGUAUGCUAUAAGGGUGCAAUAAGGGAUUAAUAACAGAAUUUUUAUAUUUUGGAAAUUUUACAGGUUUUUACUGACUAAGGCACUCAGAAUGUACAUGAAUAGAACGUUCAAUUUGAACUAUAAAACACCGAACAACAAGUAUGUGAA